AUGCUAAGCCUUUUACCGGAUUUUGUCGAUAUAGAUACGUUUGUUGACAACAUGAGUGGGCACCAAAACAUCUCAGAACACUUUCUUUCCGCAAGAGAAAAAUCACUUGAGAAGAAAGUCGUUCAUUUGGAGACCCAGUUACAGGUGUACAAGUCCCAAAUAGGUAAGCCAGUUUAUAAUUAUAGAUACUGCUUAGGAGCAAAGAAUGAAUUCCAAGGAGUUUGACUAAAAUCAGGGUCCGGUGGCGCGCUACCGGUAGUCUUGAUAAACCGGCCUGAUAAACGGGAAGAAAAAAAUACGAGAGAUGAGCAGACGGCCCUGUGGCUCGCCAAUCACGACAAGUGUUGGAGUAACAACAGAAUACCCCUCCACUUCGAAGCAGUAUCCUUGAAAGAGCUGGAUAUGUGGAUCGGAUACGCGGAUACGGAGUGACUGAGUAUCCACGUAUCCACCUAUUUUUAAGGAGUUGCUUUAAACUGGCACGGUAUUUUUCAGUUAAGCCCAAAUGUUUAUAGCCGCCCAGGCCAAGCAUAGGAUUAGUAGAGCAGACAAGAAACAUUUUUUUUCUUCUUUGAAUGGCCUGAUUAGCGUGAAUAAUUCAUAUUAUGCGAACAUGGAAUCUAAUGCCUAGGAACUUGCCAACAUAGUCUUUUCUUGUUUGAUUUAAUUCUAGAAAAUCCGGCGUAAGUUGAUGGAAUUUAACGUUAAUACCACGUACAGCAGAACGUGUCAAAAAAAGGGUGUUACUGAGCUAACCUUUCGUCCAGCUUAGCCCCUAUCCAAAGUUAGACGUUCUUAUAACGGAUCAUGAGGUUAUGUUCACGCUAUUCCCAGCUGUAUUCCGGAUAGCGAUCCGGUACAAUGUGAACACAUAUCCGAUACGUGACUCUCCAUUUUAGAGAUUGGCGCAGUGCAGCUUACCCUGGGUACCAGAGGUUUUUUCUCGCGUGCGACAGGGGUCUUCGUUUCGUCGGCCGAAGGCCGAAGACACGAGCGGUGAAACCGCGGGUCACUUUUUAAGACUUGACCGAAACCGAAAACCGCCGAAAUCACCGUUCUUAUGUGAACAGAAGCCCUAUCCGGGAUGGUUUUCGCGCCGGCGCAAAAGCAAUCUGGCAAGGUAUGGUGUGAACUGUCUUAGCCAUGAGUAAUUAAUUGUACGAGCUGGGGCCAUUAACCAAUAUUUUUGUAAUUAUUAACUGUAAUGUCCUACAUGAUUUAGAUAUUCUUCAUGAGGAACAUAAGAAACUUGAAGAAAGAGUGCUUACUAUGGAGAGUGCCUUGCCAGAAACGAAGAAGGAGCUAUUAGAGACGAAAAAAGAGGUAGCCAUUCUUUUAUUGUUUGGAGAAGUUGGUAGAAGUACAAAGCAUGUUAGUCAUAAAAGUCCAAGGACUGAAACCCCGUGACGAGACAAUCGGGUUCUUUUUUUCCGGCUUACAAUUCCUCGGUUUUUUCAACUAUUGACAUGUACCAGUUUGAAAGUGAUACGUCGUAAGAGAGCAAAAAUACAGCUGCGAAGCUGCAAAGUUGCGAAUAUUUUGUAAGUUUGUAGGGCGGGGGCAAGUUUGUGCCCCCACCAUACUAACGUCUGUAACAUUUCACGACUUUCAGGAACUGUACCUUCUUUAUGUGUUAAUGAUAUAUGAAAUAAAUCAUAUAUGAACUGCGGAAAUGAAAUGAAAAUGAAGAAGUGAUCGUCGCGGUGAACGCAAUUUAUGCAAUUGCGUAAAGAAGCCUGAAAAAAAUUCAGGACUUCAACGGGGUUUGAACCCGUGACCUCGCGAUACCGGUGCCUGCUCCCAACGUCAGUGGCUUCAUAGCUCAGUUGGUAGAGCAUCGCACCGGUAUCGCGAGGUCACGGGUUCAAACCCCGUUGAAGUAUUGAAUUUUUUUCAGGCUUCUUUACGCAAUUGCAUGAAUUGGGUUCAAUGCGACGAUCAUUUCUUCAUUUUCAUAAUAUCUUCUUUAGUUGUCAACAGAGCACGUUUAAACUUGGCAAUUUUAUUUAUUUAAAGGCGCUCUUUUCAGGGGAGUUGACAUUUUCCCAAACUUUUCCAUGUCACAAGUUAAAAAAAACGGUGGAAAGGUCUAUUGUAGAAAUAGGCACCAAUACUAGACGCGCACGACGGCGACGGCAAACCGAACUUCAAAAAUUUAUAGGUUAACAAGCAAACAACAAUUUUGUACGUGCAGCGCACUUUUUGGUACAUAUAAUAAAAUUAGUAAAACCAGCGUCUCAUUGCCGGUCAGAGCAACCUUGUACUUCAACCGGUGGUGUUUUAGAUCUAAGUAUAAAACCUGGGUAUUUGUUGCUUUAAAACCAUUACAGGUGCUUGACAAAGAGCUGGCCGAGAUUCAGUUAUCCGAGGAACUAAAGUCCAUGACUCUUCAAGCAGAGGAGUAUAAGGUAUUACGCUAAUUGAGGCGGAAGCCCUCGUGAACACACUCUUACUGAACAAAUAUAUCUCGAAUGCAGGCAUCAGAAAUUUAUCUUUUAAUGUGUGCCCAGCUUUAACCUUUUUCUGCUACUGGGCACUCUUAACACACACAAUUAAGACCAAUUAACUUCACGGACAGUGGACAAGUCGGGCUAUCAAGGCUGAAAAUAAAAUUUCAACAUUGUGGCAGGUCAGUACUUGCUUAGUGCCCCCAAUGAGAUUUUGAAAUCCGCGAAAAAGCUCUGCGCAAGUCUGCUGUAAGGCAGAAGUGGCUUUAAGUGGCUGGGGCCAUGGCUGUGGCUAAGAUUUUAUAUACUUUAAUCAAUUAGCUAUGACAGACGUCCUAAGAUGAAAUUCAGUCUUCUGUUAUACGUGUUGAACAGCACCCUCAUAACGCUUCAACCUUUGAAGAGGAAUUGCUCUGAUGGUUAUCCUUUCAACCAUAGCGUCUUUUUGUGGCGGAGAGAAACAAGAACAUAUGCGGCUUAGAAAGACUGGAGGCACUGAUUUCAAACGCGGAUGCUGAAAUGCACAACGAGGACAUGCCCAACCGGUUUGAAAGUUUUAAGGUAAAUCUUUAAUUGUUGAUUACUUUCUCUUCCUUAACUGUCUGUCAAACUAACGCUCUAGUAAUCUACAGUAGUCACUUAUUCAGGCGGCCACUGUCACUUACCUUUUUUUCGUCAGGCUGUCGGAUUUAAUUUUUAUCCCGGUAUAACGUGACGAAUGGGUAAGACAGUAAGGUUACUAAGAAUGAAUCCAACCAGCUGUUGGAGCACUAAUAAGUAGGCUGCAAAACUUCAGUCAGUGGUCUCUGUCUGGGCUUUCUAUCGAAACCACUUUUCAACAUUUAAUGCGUGUAGGUGUUGUAAGCGUGUUCGAGUUCAAAGUUUAGUGAAGUGCGAACAAGCAGCAGUCGUAGAUCAGCGGUUUAUUUAGAGACGAAAGUACGCUUCCAGUUUCAUUUUCAGUCCUAUAUACUAAUGCCCGCUAGCCCCUGAAUUAAGGCUUUGCUCUGAUAGGAACUUUAUUCUCUCAUAUAACUGUUUUCUCUUUGGACAUGAAAUUGUAGGAUUUAAUCAGAGUGAUACAAGAGGGUUUUCAGGCCCAAAUAAAGAUGAUUCUUGAUAAGCUUUCCGACGCCGAAGAUAUGCUUUACCGUUCAUCGCCUUACACAGAAGGGAAAGUACAACAGACGAAGAUCAACAAAGAAACACCCUCAAAUGGUUCGAUGUUCGAGUUAGCAAAUCUGAGCGACAAAGUCAAGGGAGAAGUUGAUGACGAACCAAGGGUAAAAGCAGCCAACCCUCUUCCUGAGAAAAUCCAAGCUGUAACGGAUAGCUCGGAAGCGUGCAAACACGAGCAAUUUAGCUGCAACUCUACAAACGGUGAGGAUUCCGUGGACUCUGAACCAACUCCAGUUUUUCAACAAACACAGCAAUCAUUUGUACAAGCUCAGGCGAAUUUCAAACAUGCCCAUCCAAAUGAUACGAUUGAUUUGCAUCCAUUU